AUGAAUCCACAAGAACUCAACACUACACAUACUCAGAUCACUUUCUUCUUGCUCACUGGUGUACCAGGAUUAGAAGAUAUCCAGAUUUGGAUCUCAAUCCCUUUCAGCUUCAUGUACCUUUUAGCUGUGUUUGGCAAUGUGCUGGUUAUGGCAGUGAUAGUCUGGGACCGGAGCCUCCAUGAACCCAUGUAUCUCUUCCUGGCCAUGUUGACAUUCAAUGAUGUUCUCCUCUGUACUUUCACUGUACCCCAAAUGCUACUCAUUUUCUGGCAGGGUCCCUUGGCUGCCACUUUCCCUGCCUGCCUCACACAAAUGUUCUUUGUCCAUGCUCUGUUCCUCUCUGAAUCUGCUGUCUUACUGGCCAUGGCUUUUGACUGCUAUGUGGCUAUCUGCACACCACUGCAUUAUACAACCUUGCUUACAGGCUCUCUCAUUGUCAAGGUUGGUCUGGCUCUGAUAGCUCGGAGUGUGGCUGUUGUCACUCCUGGUGUUCUUAUUCUCCGCCUAGACUUCUUUCAUAGCAACAUUAUCCACCACACAUACUGUGAGAAUAUGGGCAUCGCCAAGUUGGCCUGCAACAGCAUUACCUUAAAUAGCAUUUAUGGGCUCUCGGCAGCUCCCCUCACCACAGGGCUUGACUUUGUCUUCAUUUCCUUGUCCUACUGGCUCAUCUUGAAAACAGUCCUACAACUGCCAUCUUCUGUCCUAGCAUCAGCCUGCAUUGUUUAG